AUGCGCCAACCUUUCGCGUACAAUGCUGAGCUGCACGCCGGUGUAUGCGGAGCAGUCCUUUGCCCUCAACUCCCACUCCCACUUGCCUCUGCGCGCCACGACCUCGCCUCGCACAUGGACAAUUCCCCGCACAACCACCGGAGGGAUCGCUACGAGUGGUGGGAGGACUACUACCACGUCUUCGAGGUGAGCCCGCCGCGCUCAGAAGACCAAGCGCCCUCUCCAGAACGCCUCGAUCCUGCCCAGGAAGAACACGUCGUGCAAGAAAUGUUGAUAGACCUUGCGACUCAGGACUAUCUGCCCCCUAGGGACGGCCCGGAGGAGCAGGAGGAGAAGGAGGAGGACGAAGACUUGGAGCACAUCGGGAGCGGUGUUUCAUUCGAGGAGGGGGAGCUUGCGGAGCACCAUCUCGAGAACGACAACUCCACCAGGUGCGCCGGCACAUAUGAAGCUGCGGGCUGCGAUCGUGCGGGGACCCCCAACGACGCUGUACACCUGCCGGGCGAUCCCGCACACGAAGGCAUGGACCCAGGCUCGCCCCUCACCGCUCUCCCGCACUCGUCCUCCUCCAGUGACGCGGGUGAGAAGUCGACCGGGCCCGCACGCAUAAAGCAAGCCGGGCCGAGCCAGGUUGAUGGGGGUUACAGCGACGCUGUAAACCACCCGGGCGAACCCGCAGACGAGGGCAUGGACCCAGGCUCGCCCCUCACGCCUCUCCCCCACUCGUCCUCCAGCCCCGAGGUGGUCGAGUCGCUUGCUCCCGUGCGUGGCGGCACCAGUGGCGCCCAAGGCGUGCUGACGGAGCGCCCAGUAGGUGCGACCUCGGCCAACGGACCCUCGGCGCCCUCCGCCCCAGCAGCGACCCGUCGCAGCAAACGGCUGGCGGCGACGACCACGGUGGUGCACGCCCCCACCUCGUCGUCUCGGCGUGGCACUCGACGAGGCGAUCACCGGGGGUCUAGCGCGACCAACAUAGGGAGCGCCCGUGCUCAACCUGCUGCGAGCACGACGGGCCGCGCUCGCAGGCGCACGGACACCCCACCGGGAGAAACGGAACUGGAGUCCUCUGGCGAAGGAUCAAGCCGGCACGCUGCAAAGCGCCGCAUCACAGUGGUCAUGUCGCCGUCUGACAUCGACGGCCCCGCCGCGAAGCGGCGCAAGUGA